GAGGGGUGCCGAAGGGAACCGAAGGCGUCCCGAGGUUCCGGGAGCGUGCCGGGAGCGUGCGCGGGGUCCGACCGAUGCUAGAGAGCCGCGGGCCGCCCAAGAGGCCCUUCCUUGAGCAGGCCUUGGCCGGAUGUGCCGAAUGUGCGACCGGGGCUCGGGGUCGGCGGCGGCGAGGUGCUGAAUCGCGCCGCACCGCGCGGUGUGUCGUCUCGUCGCGCCUCAAACAAAGAUGGCGGCCAACCUCGAGGAGGAGCAGAGCCUGAGGGAGUGCGAGGAGUACGUGCAGCGCUACAACGUCCAGCAAGUCCUGAAGGACUGCAUCGUGCAGCUGUGCGUGGGUCGCCCGGAGAACCCGGUCUCCUUCUUGAGGGAAUACCUCCAAAAGUUGGAGAGGGAGCAGGCCCUCGAUGCGAAGCAGCAAAGCGCCACCAGCCCUGAGGACACGGAGGACAUGCCGGCAGGCCAGCAGGGUCCCCAGAUCCCUCGGCGUCGGGGCGGCAUCUCGGCCGAGCCCGUCACCGAGGAGGACGCCACCAGCUACGUCAAGAAGGUCGUCCCCAAGGACUACAAGACCAUGGCCGCCCUGAGCAAAGCCAUCGCCAAGAACGUCCUCUUCGCGCACCUCGACGAGAACGAGCGGUCCGACAUCUUCGAUGCCAUGUUCCCGGUCACCUUCCUGCCGGGGGAGCCGAUCAUUCGGCAAGGCGAUGAAGGCGACAACUUCUACGUGAUCGACCAGGGCGAGGUCGAGAUCUUCGUGAACGGCGAGCUGGUGACGACGAUCGGCGAGGGCGGCAGCUUCGGGGAGCUCGCCCUCAUCUACGGCACCCCGAGGGCGGCCACGGUCAGGGCGAAGACGGACGUGAAGCUCUGGGGCAUCGACAGGGACUCCUACAGGAGGAUACUCAUGGGCUCGACCAUCCGCAAGCGGAAGAUGUACGAGGAGUUCCUCUCCAGGGUGUCCAUUCUGGAGUCCCUGGACAAAUGGGAGAGGUUGACGGUGGCCGACGCGCUGGAGCCCGUGGCCUUCGAGGACGGGGAGACGAUAGUGCGCCAGGGCGAGCCUGGGGAGGACUUCUACAUCAUCGUCGAGGGCACGGCGGUGGUUCUGCAGCAGCGCACCGAGGGCGAGGAGCCUGCCGAGGUUGGCCGACUCGGGCCCUCGGACUACUUCGGUGAGAUCGCCCUGCUGCUGGACAGGCCUCGGGCGGCGACCGUGGUGGCCCGGGGCCCCCUGAAGUGCGUCAAACUGGACAGAGCUCGCUUCGAGCGCGUCCUCGGACUCUGUGCGGACAUCCUGAAGCGCAACAUCACCCAGUACAACAGCUUCGUCUCGCUCUCCGUAUAGCCGACUCGCCAGCUCGACGAGGGUCCGGCUUAUUUCCGCGGAACCACCUCUCUCGGCGUUCUCCUUUUUUUAAUUUCAUUAAUACUUUAAUAAUUAAUGUACUAUCUCAACCAAUGAUACACGGAUAUUAUAUGAUAGCUAGAGGCGCAGUAAUAAACGAUAUUGCUACCGCC